AUGACGGGAUCGUUGGAGAAAGUCAUUGAGAGUGGGGAUGUCCAAGCACUGGAAGUAUUCUUGCAAAGGGACAUAUAUGAAGGGACCCCUAUAAAAUGUUCUUCACAGUUUCUCACCAAACUGGAUAAACUUAUCAGCAAGAGUUUGGACCAAAACGAUCCCAAAUCAGCUAGUUUGGGUCUCGCUAUCAUCUACAAGUAUGGGACAUAUCUGAAAGUACCCAGUGGUGGUCAAGGGCUGCCAGAAAUAAUAGCUCAAGGCUUGAUCAAAAAGAUGGUACAGUGGUUUGGGAAAUGCAGGCAACUGUGGAUCCAGUGCGGCCCACGGUGGGAUGAGACCUUGUUCAACCUUUCUGAGGACUUCUUUGAAGCCUUAAUGGUGGUUCACGAAGCAUGCAAAGAGGGAACAUAUGAAAUUACCGAGUGUUUCCUGUAUCCCGUUGGUCAGUUGGUAGUAGACCCCAGAAUCUACAUCCUCAUACAAAAAGAGGCGAUUCGUAAAUUUAACAUAAUUCUGGACAAAAUCCCAGUGGAGCUUAAGAAAGAGAGGAAGAUCCGAACAUCACAGGAGACCUCAGAGAUCAUGAUCAAGCUGGCUGGUCAGAUAUUAGAGAGUGGAGAUUACGACUUUCAGACAGCCCUGAUGGAGGCACUGUGCCGAAUGGCCAGUCCUGACCAAAGGAAGGAGCUGGCAGAUCGUUGGUUCAGCAUGCAGCACGUGGCCAAUGCCUUUGUCAAGAUCCAUGAUUCUGAGUUUGAGACGGAUUGCCGCAAGUUUCUGAACUUGGUGAAUGGGAUGCAGGGAGACAAGAGGAGAGUGUGUUCCUACCCUUGUUUGGAGGCUUAUCUGGACAAGCAUGAGCUGCUGAUGCCAACUGAUGAGAAACUGGAUGAAUUCUGGAUUGAUUUCAACCUUGGCAGCCACAGCAUCUCCUUUUACUUUUCUGUGGCUGACGAACAGGCACAGGAGGGCCAGUGGGAAACGAUAUGUAUAAAUGAGAAUGAAGUCCAAAGCUACACUGUUACAGAGAAGGGCAAGAGACAAGUCUUGCAGUUAAACCUGUCAGAGGUGGUGGUCGUGGGUGCGGUUGAAGGAUCAAGUCUCACCAUCUACUUCAGCUCCUCCUUGGACAUCCUGCAGGCUGCUUGCAGCGUCUAUGGACAGAGCAAAAACAAAGGCUUUGUAGGAAAAACCAGCAAAUCUAUAGUGAAGACUACAGUCAAAAUUAUAAUGGACGAGAACAGCUCCCAGGUUGUUCCAGAAAGCCAGGUGUCCCUUGGUGAAAGUGAGAAAAAUACUGCCCCCUACCUUUUACCUACCCCAUCUGCACUUAUCCAGACUCCAGCCAGGAUGAGGUUUUCAGAGUCCACCACCUUCAUCAGCAGCUGCAGUGCUGGAGGAAGUGUGCAUGGUGCCAGUUCACUCUCUGCUGUCAUGCAGUCAAGUAGGCUAUAAAUUAUUAAGAAGAGGAAACCAUCUCUGGAGAUGGUUCGUUCAAGUGACAGGCAGAGCAAAGUUAACCUGGGAGAGCUAAGGACAACUGCUAAGACCUGCAAUCAUAGCGCAACACCUGGCAGCACAAAAGCAGGUGGCAUGACAGAGCAGAGCAAAGCGUCCAAACAGGCCAUCAAGAAUAAGGUUGAUAUGAAGAAAAAGAACAUACCACUGACAAAAGCUGUAGAUAUGGUUCUAGCUGGACGAGGGGAGGACCAGUCUCUAGAGAAUGGUUUUGUGCCUGACAGCCAACCCAGAACUGGGAGAAGCAUAUUUUCUAGCUGGAACAAACUGUCAGUUUCUGAAAUGCUAAUGAUGCCGACACAGAAAAUAAACUAUCUGCCAGUAACUGAUUCUUGUUCAAGUUUGACACAACAGCCAGAACAUCUGGCUUCUGGCCAGAAAUCGUCUGCUCAAGGCUCAGGCCCAAUCAAACAAAAGGAGCUCCAUGUCCAACUCACCCAGCGCCUGCAAGAGGUCCUCAAUGACAGGAGCCAAAAACCUGCCUUUCAGAGGCCAGCUGCAGCCCAGAGGAAAGUGUGUGAUAUCAGAGAGGACUCGAAAGGCAGAAGCUCUGCAGACCAGCGUGGCUCCACAUCGUGUACUUCCAAAGAGCAGCAGGCCAAGAGAAAUGGCCCGGCCAGAGGGAAGAGCAAAGGCCAGAUGUCAUUAGAGGCAGAUGCUACUGCAGUCAAGGCUCCAGUCAAGGCCUCCACAACCAAAGCUCUGCAGGAAAAAACACCAAAUGUUAAAGUUAAAACUAACAGGGCCCUCUCGAGGAAAGAGACGAGAGAUGCAGAAGUUGCAGGCAGCAUGGUGAAGCUCAUAUCUAGCCGUUAUGAGAUUAACAUGAAAUCCAUAGCAAAACCUACAGUAGAAAAUAUCUCUCAGUGCUGGAUCCCUCCACUUGUCAGCAGGCCCAUCUUCAAUAUGAGUUGGCAAACAAACGCUAAAAGAGAAGAUUUUGGAGCUGUAAGCUUAAUGAAAUCUCACAGCAAAACCACAACAAAGUCCACAAGGCAGAGACAAGAUAUAUUUGCAUUCAACAUUGAUGCACCAUUGAGUAUUGGGGGAAAGGACAAAACCUUCACUAGCACCUCUGCAUUAUCAAGCAGUGACAUCCAUGAAUCUUCAGUAGCCCUCACCACAACCAAGACAAGACAACAACCUAUGGCAAAAGAGAAGAGGUAUGUGAAGAAACACCUGUUUAGUGACACAGACACAGACUAUGCCAUGACAGAGGUCAGCUGGUUGAGGGAGUCAAGUAGGAAACCCAAACCCAAAGUUACCAAAUACUCCAAGUCGGUGCCCGUCAAGCCUAAAGCUCUGUCAACUCAUACUUCAUUUGAAUCCCCAGAUUUACCCCUGGCCUCUCCAAAACCUGUAAAGGGCAAUGUCAAAUCCAAAAAGCCCGAUGUAAAGAAAGCCGUGGAACAGCCAAAGAAGACAGUGAAGCCAGCAGCAGCACCCGACAGACAACAUGCAGGAGGCAGGAGGCCCCAGAGAGCUGCAGCCACCACAUCCAAGAGCUAUAAAGAGCCAGACACUGAUGACAGCCAGUCAGAAUCAGAGAAGCAUCUGGCUUCCAAGUACUCCUCUACUGAUCAGCUGGCGAAAACUGAGAAAAACAAUGAGACUGCUAAGAUGAGGAAGAAAAAGACUGGCUGUAAACAACCAACAAAAAGCUGCUUGAAGCUAGAGAACAACUAUCAUAGCAGCCAGUCAGAGUCAGAAUCUGUGUCAGAGCAGCCACCAAUUUCCAAGAAAUAUUUUGCAGGUCAGCAGGGCAAGAGUGAGAAGACUUGUCCAGAGGUUCUAGAGGUAAAGAAGAGAAAAAACACCUCUGAGCAAUCUGUAAAUAGGAGACAAGACUGCAACAACCAGUCACAUUUGAAAAAGCCAUCUGGUGUCAAGCAGAGGCCUGAGAAUGUUCUUCAAGAAACAACAAAGUUAAAUAAGACAAAUGUCAUUCCUGCCCAAGAACAGACGAAUGCAUUGGAAGAGUCCUGGGCUGACCGGCAGGCCCUGUUCUCUCCCUGCCCUCCUUUUAUCGAGAGGAUGAGAUCUGGUGAGAGGUCAGCCCCAACCUUGGGUUUGACCUUCUCCCCUAUCCUCACCCCGCGGGGAUCCCCACUCCCUGCCUCCCCCAAUCCUCCCUGCCAGGACACCCCCUCGCCAGUCCUGCUGCUACCCAAGCCUCGCUCAACAGUCAGCAGUAAAGGACACUUUAAGCCCUCCUCGUUCUACAGUGCAAGAAAGAAGCGUAGCACAUCCAAGACUCAGUCAAUCCAGUCUGUGUCCCUUCUCCCUUCACUGACCUCCAGAGAUCAAACCCCUGCAGCCGGACCUCCCACUGGACCAAGAGCAACAGAGACAAGUCCAGUCCAGCAGUGCCUAUUCUCAGCACCUCGACCUACUUUGUCUCUGUCCACUUCUCCCCUGUUAACGUCCACAUUCCUUGAGCUGGACAAGCCAUCCAUGCCCUCUCCUCCUCAGUCAUCGUUCCAUGAAGACACCGUCACCCAUGGCCACAUUUAUGGCUUCAAUAAAGUGUCUCCAGUAUCUCGGCUGUCACUGAGCCAGUCAUCAGUACUCAGUAUUAGAGUUACAGACAGCCCUGCUGUGAGCCUGGCAGUGUCUCAUAAAACAGAGAAAACGCCAUCUUCAGAACGAGACCUAACGUCUGCACAGCUUCAUAUCUCUGGACCCAUUCGAAAGCGCCGCAUCUCUUUGUCCAGUAACUCUGAUGAAGAUGAGAGUGAAGAGAUGAAGAAAAGCAAGAUGAGAGGGCAGCGUUCUCCUCGGAUGAGGCCAAGGAAGUUGUUCAAGUCAUUUGCUGAGGUGCCUGCUGAAGUUGGGGUGAGCCGAGUGAUGUCUUCUUCUCACACGGUGAGCUCCAGUCACUGGGAGGCUGAAGUGGCAUCGGCAGACAUGGACAUGGAUGAGGAUUUUGACUUGCCAGACGUGGCUGUAAACCCAAGUAACCUGUGCCAGCAAUUCAGCUCUGAGCUGAAGAAGAAGUUCCAGAGCCGUUCUAAGAUGAUGGAGGUUUACAACAAGCAGUCUUUGAAGACUGUCCAGCAACAUGUCUCCACCCUCAACAUGCAAGUUACUGAAUGCAGGACUCAGAGGCUUGAAAAGGUUCAGAAGGUCCUCUUGGAAGAGAUCCACAAACUGGAGCAGGAUGACACUGUACUGAAAAACAUGGAGAAAGACUUGACUAUGAACUGGAAAAAGCAGGUUGUGGCGUUCCAUUCUUUCCAGGAGCAGGAUACCAGGAGAAACGAGACCCUGAAGAAUGCUCUCCAGAGUAACGUGUGUCACAGCUUGGAGUACGAGGAAAGAAUAUUCACAUCCCAGAUGUGCCUGAUAAGAAAAGACAUGAAGUCGGUUCAGGACAGACUCCUCGGAGAGAUGCAAGAUGGAGAGAUCAAGAGUGUGAAGAGAGGUCUGCAUUCUCUGUUUUUCCCUGAUGGAGGCAGGUUUUGAGUUGACACAGUCCUGCCAAAGGUCCCUACACAAUAAAUAAGGUGUAAU